AAGGGAGGGAGGCGCACCUCUCGCGGACCGACAAACCAACGGUUCCGUGUUUGAUGGACGGGAGCUGACCUCAAACACGAUUGUAUAGCAGUCUCCGUCGACAGCCAGGACGUGUCACAUCCUCGUCAAAACAGAAAGCUCUGCUCUCUCGGACUACUAGAAAGGCUCGUGACCCUGUACAGUAGUAGCCACCAUGGCAGAAGCUCACCAGGCGGUGGCCUUUCAAUUCACCGUCACACCCGAUGGCAUCGACCUACAGCUGUGCCACGAGGCUCUACGCCAGAUCUACCUCUCUGGACUCCACUCCUGGAAGAAAAGGUUCAUUCGCUUCAAGAAUGGGGUAAUGACUGGUGUGUACCCAGGCAGCCCUGCUGGGUUCAUGGUAGUGGUUGUGUCCUACAUGUCCUACAACAAAUAUAGACAGCUGGAUCCAUCUCUUGGGUUGAUUGCCAAGCUGGGCCAACACAUGCCUAUCAGCCAAUACAUAUCCACAGACAGCCAGAGGAUAGUUGGAGGAGUUCUGGUGGGCACAGGCCUGUGGGUGACCAUAAUCAUGAUUAUGAGGAAUGUCCUAAAGUGCCUGUUGUCAUGGCACGGCUGGAUGUAUGCACGCCAUGGAUCUGUGUCCUGGUCUACUCGUAUGUGGAUGCUAUUAGUGAAGGUGUUCUCUGGCAGGAAGCCAAUGCUCUACAGUUUCCAGAACUCCUUGCCAAGGCUACCUGUUCCCUCUGUCAAGGACACCUGCAGAAGGUACCUGGAGUCAGUACGCCCACUGAUGGAUGAUGAAGAGUUUGAACAGAUGAAGGUACUGACUAAAGACUUUGAGAAGAACCUUGGACCUAGACUUCAGUGGUACGUCAAACUCAAGUCCUGGUGGACGUCCAACUAUGUCAGCGACUGGUGGGAAGAGUAUAUCUACCUAAGAGGCCGUGGGCCCAUCAUGGUCAACAGCAACUAUUAUGCCAUGGAUUUCCUGUAUGUCAACCCCACUUCUAUCCAGGCUGCCAGGGCAGGUAAUGCCAUUCAUGCCAUCAUGCUGUACAGGAGGAAACUGGACAGAGCCCAGGUCAAACCAAUAUACUUGCUGGCGAACAAGGUUCCUCUGUGUUCGGCUCAGUGGGAGCGGAUGUUUAACACCACCCGCAUCCCUGGUUUGGAGACAGACAUCUUGCAGCACAUGAACGAGAGCAAACACAUAGCUGUGUACCAUAAGGGCCGUUUCUUCAAAGUGUGGAUGUUUUAUGACGGACGGCUGCUUUUGCCACGGGAGAUAGAGCAGCAGAUGGAGAGGAUCUUGGCUGACACGUCGGAGCCCAUGCCAGGAGAGGAGAAACUAGCUGCACUUACUGCAGGGGACAGGACCCCAUGGGCAAAGGGCCGUGAGACCUUCUUCAGUCGUGGUAAGAACAAGCAAGCUCUGGACACCAUUGAGAAGGCAGCCUUCUUUGUAACCCUUGAUGACAGUGAGCAGCGUUACGAUGCAGCCAACCCAGUCAAGUCUCUGGACAGUUACGCCAAGUCCCUGCUCCACGGAAAGUGCUAUGACAGAUGGUUUGAUAAAUCCUUCAACCUGAUAGUUUUCAAGAACGGCACCAUGGGACUGAACGCAGAGCAUUCCUGGGCCGAUGCUCCAAUCAUUGGCCAUCUGUGGGAGCAUGUACUUUCCAUGGACCCUUUCAAACUGGGAUACACUGAGGAUGGUCACUGCUGUGGGGAGCCCCACCCCAACCUGCCUGGUCCCCAGAGGCUGCAGUGGGACAUCACUGCUGAGUGCCAGGAGGUCAUCGAGAGCUCUCUGACAGUAGCCAGGGCUCUGGCUGAUGAUGUGGACAGUCACAUUUUCCCCUUCAGUGACUUUGGCAAGGGUCUGAUCAAGAAGUGCCGCACCAGUCCCGAUGCCUUCAUUCAGAUCGCCCUCCAGCUGGCCCAUUACAGGGACAAAGGGAAGUUCUGCCUGACAUACGAAGCCUCCAUGACACGUUUGUUCCGUGAGGGCCGAACAGAAACGGUUCGCUCCUGCACCAUUGAGACCUGUGCCUUCGUCCGUUCCAUGAUCAGAGAUGAAACGAUAGAAGAGCGUUUGAAGUUACUCAAAGUGGCAGCAGAGAAGCACCAAAACAUGUACCGCCUGGCUAUGACAGGGAAGGGCAUCGAUCGCCACCUUUUCUGUCUUUACGUGGUUUCCAAAUACCUGGGAGAAGACUCACCCUUCCUCAAGAAGGUCCUGUCUGAGCCAUGGAGGCUGUCCACCAGUCAGACCCCAUUGCAGCAGGUGGAGCUAUUCGACCUGGUCAGACACCCAGAAUACGUGUCCUCCGGAGGUGGAUUUGGUCCAGUGGCUGAUGACGGUUAUGGCGUCUCCUACAUCAUUGUUGGUGAGGACCUCAUCAACUUCCACAUCUCCAGCAAACACUCAAGUCCAGAAACUGACUCCCACCGUUUUGGCGGCAACAUCAGACAGGCCAUGCUGGACAUACUGGGUCUCUUCCAGCUCGACAAGAAAGCCAAGUGAUCGUCCUCUCGUUGGGUGGAAUGAAAAUAAGAAGUUCUUUUUAGCAAGACAUGUUUUCUUCCUGAAGCUUGUACAGAAUCAAAUGUUGGGUUUGGGAUUAUUUUAAGUUAAUUGAUGUUACAGAAAUAAGGAUGAUUGAAAGGUAUUUGGAAACACUGCUAUUAUGUUUGUGAGGUGUUUAUGUGUACUGUAUGUAUAGGCAAGGUGAGAUUCUGGCGCUUUUUGGUACAGGUAGUGCAAAGAUCAAAGUGUUUAUUUACGGGACUGUAUGCACCGGUGCCUUAGUGACCCACUAAUGUAAAAAGGGCAGAAAGGGAGGAAAAAAAAUAGAGCCACUCCAGUCUGAGAUCAAGUCUUCAUUAACACAGUAAGAGACAUUUCAGCGGAGGGAUUGUUCAGUAGCAUCAUCCAAUAUUUUAAUUAUGUUUUAAGUUGAGAGAUGGUGCAAUAUUUUUUUUUAAUAGUUUCGUCCCAAUUUUGAAAAACCUUUGAAUUCCUUUAGUUUUUUAGGUUUCUUUCAUCUUCUCAGUUGCAGCACCCUAGUCAUGUGUAACUGGCUAAAACAGCAAAUUUGAUGUUAACCAAUGUCAACAAAUUGCAUGUUGCAUGGUGUCCAUUAAUUUCAUACUACUCAGUUACUGCAGGGUCUGAUUCUCUAGGCUAAAUAGUUGUAUCCAGUAAUCUGUAAUCUAACGAAGCCUGUAUGAGUAAACCUGUAUAUAAUAUUGAGCUUUGAUCUGGAAAAUGAGCCUGUAUCAGUGUGAUUCUGGAUACCAACACAGACCGAACAGAACAUGGAAAGUUGUUCCUACUGUCUAAUCAACGGGUCUACAUUGCCUUUUUUGACUGAAGUGCACAGCCAGUGUGCUUGUUCUUUUUAGCUGCCGUGAUUGUAUGAUGCAGCGAUGAAUGCGCGCGUGUGUGUUUGUUGUUUUCAUACUCAGGUUUUCCUAACUUGACCUAGUAUUCUAGGUGCUUCUUAGUGCUUAUGUUGAUACAUGUGCAACAGUAAAAAAAAAAGUUGAGAUGCAGUACAACAUUAACUUUGCUGUUGAAGUGAAGGAUUAGGAAGGAUAGGGUUUGUGUCUGGCAUGAAUCUCACUUGCACAAUGUGUUGAAUUAGACUGAGUGUGUAGCCAACAGUGACUUGCUUUUUUGUUUGUUGUGUUUUAAAAAGAAAAAGAAAAAAAAGAGUUGGUUAACUGUACUCUGUUGUGCACUCCAUGACUGACCUUCAAACUAACCUCCAAACUAAAUUCCUAACUACCUUGGUAGCCUUUUCUCUAAACACGAUGAAUUGUAAAGUUUUAUGAGUGAACUUUCAAGAUGUCAAAUGUCAGUUACAGCAUAGUGGUGUCGCAGCUGUUGUUGCCUAGUCAAGGUGAGGUUCAGAAUCACUUUGAGGUUGUUGUAUCCCUCCAGUAUAAAAGGAAGUGCUUAGAAAAUGCAGAUAUAGAGAGGUGCUCCCUUGUGUUUAGGAAAACAUUUCUAUUAUUAUGUAUAUGUUGGCAGCACAUCAUAUUUAUUUGUUUUCAUGUUUUAACCUCUUUAUACACACGACUGUUGGACACAUGCAUAUUUACCAGCUGAAUGCGGCGAAUGAUAAGCAUCAAAGCUUUGCUGAUCUAAGAAGUGAAAUGGACAAAUAGCUUCUUUUCUUUCCUCAUGACAGUUUUGUUAUCACUGACUUUGCCAGUAUGUUGUAGUUGUAUGACUUUUUAUCUCAGUAGACCUCAUGUUUACACUGCUGCAUGUUUUUUGAAGAUGAUGCUGUAUAUGUUUGCCUUUUAAUUUAAAAAUGUGUAAAAAGACAAGCAGCUGAUAUACCAAAACAAGUUUUAACAAUAAAGUGAAUGUCGGACAGCUGUA